GUCUGAGUGACAAGAUGAUUUCCUGUUGUGGCUGUGUUCGUCCCUAUUUGUGCCUGCCUCCUGCAUCCAACCCUGUUCCUGGUUCCUGUUCGGCUCCUGUUCCCACAGGGGUGCUCCUGCUCUGUGCCUGAUCCUUGUCUGUCCUCCCGUUCCUGUCCUUAUGCCUCGCCUCCAGCCAUCAGUGACCAGUCCGAGCUCUGACUUCGGACCCAACUCUGACUUGGCCCCAGCUCUGGUAACUGGCAGUUGACUCUCGUGCAGACUCUUGGCUUUGUUCCCCAACCUGGACUCCUGCUCUGACCUCUAGGCAAGAUUGCCUAUGUCCCGCUCCAUAACACCAUCUUUCCUGACCCUGCACACUGCUUCCAAUGAAACCCUCCGUCCCCACCCUGCUCAGUGCCCCUAACAAGACCUUCCUUCCAACCCUACCCAGAGACCCUGCUCAAUUCUACUAAUGGGACCCUCCCUCCAAGCCAACCAGAGCUCACCCCACUCCUUGCUGCUGGGGAUUGGUCAGUAAAUGCGGAGACCCCACCCACCGCUUCCACAUCCCCUCCCCAUUCCCUUCUCCCUCCCUCCACUGGCACCAGGGCUCCUGCACAGCAGCCAAGGAACAGCGCAGAGAAGGGGGAGACUGCUGAGGAGCCAGCCCUCAAGUAGUGGGAAAAGGGGGUCACCUCCCCUGGGAGCGGCGACGCGGGCAGGACUUCACCGAGAGCCACGGGGAACGUUUGAAACCUCUGGGAACUUUUUCUUUUUUAAAAACUUUUUUUUUCCAAAAAGGCCAUCUUACAUCAGGAUCAAGGAGUUUGCCCUGAGAUCCCCCCUUCGGCUGUGACCUGUUGCCCUGUCUGCGAGCUGCUCCCACGCGAGCAGGCGGAGGGGGCGGAAGCAGGGAGACGGAGGACAGCAGAUUAACAUUAAUCCCCAGCUUUGCUUACUUCCAGCCGCACGAGAGCUCCAGCGGCAGCAGCCAGGGUGACGACUGACUCCUUGGAGAUACCUUUGCCCCAGCCCUGCCAUCCGACCUGCCCAGGGCCAAGCGGGACUCCCUGCACCCACCCUGGGGCUCUUCCUGGAGAUAUGAGGAUCCAGAGGCCUGCACGCAAUAGCAAAAGCUGCCAGUGGUGAGCCGGUUCGGAAAAGCCUCCCCUGGGCAGUUUAAUGAGUGCUGUGGAGAGCAAUUAUCUGGAAGGAACGCUGAACCAGAGAAAAGACAGGCCCACACUCCCCCUCAGCAGCUCGAAGGCAUCUCCAAAGAUCGGGAGCAGCUGCCCGGCCCAGGACACGACACGGCCAAAAGGAGGGGGUAGCAUGAGUGAUGGGGAGUCCGAGGGCGUGACAAGCCACUGUGACCCCUCUGGAAUUUGCACCCCUCCCCACUGAAGGCCGGUUUCCUGUGUUUUAGGGGAGAGGGUGUGGAGUAACAACGGGGUGUGACAUGAGUCUUGGGAAGCUACCAGUGCUCGGCUGGGUAUCGGGCUCCCACGGCAAACGCCGGUUGAAAUCGGAGCUGACGCCGGACAUGAUCAGCCCACCUCUGGGGGACUUCCGGCACACCAUGCACGUGGGGCGCGGUGGGGACGUCUUCGGGGACACCUCCUUCCUCAGCAACCACGGCGGCACCGAGACGGCCAAAGCCAACAACUUCUUCGCCCGGACCCUGCGGCACGUGCGGAGGACGCCGCUGAGGAACCGGGGCAGCGGGGGCAAGGCCGAAGCCUCACCCGCCCCCCCAGACAUCUCACCCAUCAUCAAGAACGCCGUGUCGCUGCCGCAGCUCAACGAGGGGACCUAUGGGGGCAGCAGCCCGGCUGGAAAGUUCGCCUUCAAGAGCACUCCAAACAACGUGUCUGAUACACACUACGCUUACGGGCUGGAGUCCGGGUUCUGCACCAUCCCGCGUGCGCCGCGCUCAGAGAAGGCCCGGGAGAGCUCCUUCCCCGCAGAAGCGGAGCUCCAGCGCUCGGACUCCCUACUGUCCUUUCGUCUGGACCUCGGGCCCUCCCUGAUGAGCGAGCUCCUCCAGGUCAUCAGCUUCACAGAAGCCAUGGACAGCAGUGUCAAGUGGGAGGAGAAGGAGGAAGACAGAGCCCUGGCUGGCAGCCAGGCUGCGUCGCCCCUUGCCCUGCAUGGCGAAUGGGUUGAGACCGGUGUCCCUCGGGGAUCAGGGACACCCCAUGGCAGGUGUAUAGAGGGUGACAUGGCAGAAAGCCUCUGGGGCCGCUCCAGGCAGGGGGCCAGCUCCCCAUCAGGACACUUGGUGCAUGCCAAUGGAGAUGCUUAUGCCCUAGAGCAUGCUGAGGAGGGGCCUGCCUAUGCUGGGAGCGGGCACCAGAGCCCUGCAUGGGGCUCAGCACCCGCUGAGGAGCCGGGGGCGCUCCCAAAAGACAGCCUGUGGCAGGGGCACUGGAAUGACUGCAGCAUGGAGGCGGGAGAGUUCCACCGGGCUGCCCAGGUCCUCGCUCGCCACUACAGCGCGAGAGGUGCACGUUGCAGCCUGGAGGAGGGGGAGGGUCCCCGGGAGAGCCCAGUUGUCGGCUCGUGGCGGGCGGACGAGUCUGGGUGGGGUCACAGCGAGGAGGAAGAGGAGGCCGCACUCUCAGCUGUGCAGGAACGGGAGGCCAUAGCUAGGGAGGGCCGCAGCGACUCCUUUGAGUAUGCCGACGAGGAGGAAGAGGAUGAUGAAGUGAAGGUCUGAACAGCCACCGUCUCCUGUGGCCUUGGGACUCCCCAGCCCUCCCCGAGAGAUGUCAGUUGUCUGGGGGCCAGUGCCCCUUGGGAGCUGUGAACCCUCCUGCCGCAGAAGGUUGGUGGGGAUGGAGGCAGGGGAAGCAGCUCUUUGAUCCGCCCAGCACCCUGGGCAGGCCCCGCCUUCCCCAGAGGACAGGUCAUGCUAAUGGGGAAAUCGCAAUGAUCACAUGUUCCUUCCCCCCACUGCUUGCUGUCAUUCGAAAUGAGGUGCCCGUCCCCCUGGGAGGCUGGGCUGGUAAGGGAAUGCUCCUGUCAGGUCACCAAGCCCCCAGCGAGCAAGGAAGAGGAGCUGAUCAGAGAGAGCACUCCAGCCGCACGGCUCGCUCCCCCGCGUCCCCCUGAGCUAGAGGCCUGGGGCAGGCUUGCUUUCUAAGUCAACAACCCCGGGCUGGAGCAAGACAGCAUUCUCCCUCUCCCUGGGGCCUGAGCGCUCUUGGCCGUUCUCCCAGCGCAAGGCUGGGCCUGGGUACUAAACCUGGUUCUGCCAUGCAGCACUGUCCGCGAGUCUCACGCAGCUCGUACCAGCCCUCGCCAGUUCUGUUGCCUUCAGCCAGUGGCCAUGCCAGCUGGGCUAGCUAAUUCCUCAUUCCCUCCUGCCAAGACCUGCCCUAGCCAUCCAGUUCAGGGGCCUCCCCCGCCCCCAGAGGCCAUUCCAGGGGCACAGCAAUCCGGUUCCUCUCCCCUCUCCUCCCCUCCCCAGGGAGCAGACAGCAGAGUGGGGAGCCCUCCCACCUGAGUGGGGUAGCCCUCCUUCCUACAGCUGAUGCAGGGCUGUGCUCUGGGAGAAUGGCAGGUGUGGCUCCUAUCCUCCAGCACUGCGGUGAGCUGGAGGCUCUGAGGCUGGCUCCAGAGAGCCAGCUGCUCCACUCUACAGCUUUGGGGAGGAGCGCCCACUGCCCCACCCCCCAAGUUCCUGCCACACUGUCCUCAGGGAGGUGUUCAGAGCAGCAAUACAGGUGGCUCGGCGGGGGUGGGGGUGCAGCCAGCAAUGACUCGGUAUCCGAAUGCAGCACAGCCGGGGAAAUCAUGCCAUGACCCUUAACCUGGGCACCAAGGAGCCCUGCCAGAGUCAGGUGCCAAAAGUCGUGAUUUUUCAAAGAUGUAACUGGUGGGUUCUUUCCGUUUGCCCUCUGGUGCUGGACUGCGCAGGGGGCCGGUUUUCAAGGUUUCCCCCACAACCGGGAGAGCUAGACACUUCCUGUUGUUGUGUAAUGAAAGCUGGGAGGCUCAGGCAGUAAGUGGCUUUGGCAGGUGGGCCUUCAGGGGAAACACCAAAUUGCGCAAGAGUUGCAACAAAGUCAUUAGCGCUGGCAAUGCUGUGACUCCAGUAAUCAGGCAGAAUAAGGGAGAUGCCGGGGUCCUGCUGCCCUUGUCCCCGGUAGACCCCAGAGGGGACACGCCCAAACUCCAGUACUCCCUUUCACCCCCUCUUAGAACAAGAACAUUUUCUCUGUGCUAUAGCGUUCAGCCCAGGGAGCUGAAAUGGGGGCUGCCCUUGGUCUGGGCAGCUGUUCCAGGAAUGGGCUCCCACUGACACUAUUUAGAGGGGUCUAAACUCACCCCCCUCCAACGCACUUCCCUCUUCCGGUAUCCUUUUGCCGGCGGGGGGUGGGGGCUGCUCACUGUGCUCCUUCUGUCUCUGGGCAACGCGGCCUCUUUGGAAGGAGCCACUCCCCAUGCUGUCCUGCAUGUGGCCACGCUCACACAGAGGAGGCUUUGUGCCACGGCAGGAAUGACUGGGGGGUGAGGUCAUUCUGCCGGCCCGCACAGCGUGCCCAUUGUUUGCCCAGGGCCCGCGAGCCUGUGGCCCACACGCCCGCUGCCCAGUCGCCCUGGGGUCUGCAUCUGUCAGGGAACACAUGAGAGCAUAACAACCAGGCUCGGACGCCCCGGGGGGAGGGGGAGAAAGAAUCCUAGCAGCCCGUGCUGCUUCCCACAAGGGCCCUGGAGCUGCCAGCUGACUGAUCUCAUCCAGCACCCUCAGCCAUAUUGCAGGCAGCUGCUCCGCUGUGGGGGGAGGCUGCCCCUAGGAGAGGGCUGAAGCUGAAGUGAAUGGGAACUACAGGUGCCCAGCAGGGCUCUUGAGUGUAGAGUCCAGAGCCUGCAACCAUUGUUACCCCUCACUGCCCCCACCCAGGGUCUUCCUCAGGCUCGGCCCCUUGCCCUGCUCAUUCCAGCUUGUCACAGAAGCUUCAUACCAAAGAUACACCCACAAGGAACGUCCCAGCUGUCUCCCUCUGCAGCCUGUGCACUUACGAUUGAUCUUAUUAAAACUGUUUUUGAUACUA